GGCUGUCUAAAUAUCUUUCCAGAGCAUUAAAAAUGGCUAAAGGUGAUCCGAAGAAGCCGAAGGGGAAGAUGUCUGCUUAUGCCUUCUUUGUGCAGACCUGCCGUGAGGAACACAAGAAAAAGAACCCAGAAGUUCCUGUUAACUUUGCAGAAUUUUCCAAGAAGUGCUCAGAGCGAUGGAAGACUAUGUCAAGCAAAGAGAAGGGUAAAUUUGAUGAGAUGGCCAAAGCCGACAAAGUAAGAUAUGAUAGAGAAAUGAAGGAUUAUGGGCCAGCAAAGGGUGGUAAGAAGAAGAAGGACCCUAAUGCACCCAAACGGCCACCGUCUGGAUUCUUCCUCUUCUGUUCAGAAUUCCGUCCUAAGAUCAAAUCCACUAACCCUGGCAUUUCCAUUGGUGAUGUGGCAAAGAAACUGGGUGAAAUGUGGAACAACCUCAGUGAUGGCGAGAAACAGCCUUACAACAACAAGGCUGCUAAGCUGAAGGAGAAGUAUGAAAAGGAUGUUGCAGAUUACAAGUCUAAAGGCAAAUUUGAUGGCGCAAAGAGUGCAGCGGCCAAAGCAGCAGCUGCGGCUCGGAAAAAGGUAGAGGAAGAGGAGGAAGAUGAAGAAGACGAUGAGGAAGAGGAAGACGAAGAGGAGGACGAUGAAUGAGAAACUGUAUAAUACUUGUCUCCAUGUGAAUACCAUAGAGUAGGGGGAAACACAUUUGGAAAUGAAAAGUAACCUGCACCUCUUAUUUGAGAUGGUGUCUUAUUUGCCCUUUAUUAGGUUUAAUGAUAAAAUUUGGACUCUGAUCACAACACUGUAGCUGGUUUGAAGAAGAAAAAAUUAAAAGUGUGCUAGGAAAAAUACUGAAAUAGAUGGGGAAAAAACCAUUGUAACUGGUUUACAUUAAGUGGCCAUGGGUGUCCUUAGGCACCCUGAAACUGUAACAAAGUUGUACAUAUUUCCAAACAUUUUUAAAACAAAAAAAAAGUGGAAACAAGACGCUCUAGUGUUCUCCUCAACUCUGUGCACUUUCCUGUUGGUGUAACAAAGCAUUUAAAAAUGUUUCAAGCAUCUUAUUUUUUAAUUUGUAAGGUGGUGUUUAACUAUAUGGUUAUUGGCUAGAAAAUCCUGGGUUAUAAACUGUACAUAUCUAUAGUUUGUAAAAACUAGACAGAUUCUUGUGGUUCAUGCCUUGAGCGGCGAUAACCUUGGCGGGAAAGACGAACAGCUUUAUGGAAGGCUGUUUGCUUUCUCCCUGGAGGGAAUGUGUCUCAUGGAAUGCACCAUGAAAGUAGAUCUAUUUACACUACAGUGGGCGUCCAUUUAGCUUAAAGUUGUCUUUCUGUAUAUAGUGAAAUUAGCAUUCUGCGGCCAUUCUUAGUUGUGGAAGGGGAGGGGAAGUUCAGCUGGCAUGAGAAAUUGUAUGGAAUCUUUUUUUUCCCGUUUUGGUUAAGUGGGGUAGUUUUUAAACGGAAGCUGUAGGUCUCUUCAAUGUCAGCUUCAAGUGAAGAGAGGGCGCAGAAAACUGAAGUUCAAAAACACUCUGUACUUAAAAGAAACAAAAUUUGCAAAAAAUGUUAUGUUGGUUUUUUGUAUGUUUAGAAUGCUGAAAUGUUUUUGAAGCAAAAAUAAACAGUAUUACAUUUUUAAAA